GCGCACCCCAAGUGUCAGCAGUCCCGGUACUUGGAGUCCCCCCUGUAGGACUCCCUCCCCCCCUUACCCAUCUGAACACUACAGGACCCUUCCCACCAGUCCGGAUCUGCAGGGGGAUGACUGAAAGCAGCUGGGUGAUUCCUCCAACCCGGCGCUUCUGACGGUUCUGAUCCAAGGGGCGCAGAGUCUUCAGCCCCUCCAUCACCCUAACCCCCUCAUCCUCCCCCUUUACCCCCCCAAACUAUCAUGAUGUCCGCUAUAGAGCCUGGUACCCCUGUGUACCAGCCUGCACAGCUGCUCAACUGGGUCUACAUGUCUCUGCAGGACGCUCCGAGCAGCGCUUUUGAUGCGUUCAGGGCCGAAUCGGACACUUCUUCUCAAGAGCUCAACAACUCCAAGCGCAACGCAGCAGAUCUGAGCUCCAACUAUCUCAACAACUUCUUCCAUCUGAGGAGUGAGGCCUUAAACAAUAACUUCUAUAAGAGCUCCUCACCGUAUGGUUCCCUCAACAACAUUGUGGACGGCCUGAGCUCUUUAGCCGACCAUUUCUCCGACCUCUCCCUUUCCCCGGAGACGCGUAAACCCAGCAAAAGGCCGCCGCCCAACUACCUGUGCCACCUCUGCUUCAACAAAGGACACUACAUCAAAGACUGCCCUCAGGCUCGGCCCAAAGGGGAAGGCCUCACCCCGUAUCAGGGAAAGAAGCGGUGUUUUGGGGAAUAUAAAUGCCCCAAAUGCAAGCGGAAGUGGAUGAGCGGAAACUCCUGGGCCAACAUGGGACAAGAAUGUAUUAAGUGCCACAUCAACGUUUACCCUCAUAAGCAGCGUCCUCUGGAGAAACCAGACGGGUUGGACGUGUCGGACCAGAGCAAAGAGCAUCCACAACACCUGUGCGAAAAAUGCAAAGUCCUCGGCUACUACUGCCGACGUGUGCAAUAACACUCCUCAUCAGCCCCCAUAUCCCCUACAGUUUUAUCAAGAAGGGGUAGUUACACGAUCCAGUGACUAAAAGUUCAUGAUUAUAAACUUUGUUGUACUGUUAUGCAACUAAUGUUAAGUGAAGUAUAUUUCUCCAGUGUGACUCUGGGUAGAAGUAAAUGGGAAAUGUCAUCUUUUUAGUGGAGAUCAGUCCUUUGCCUUUGCUGAGUUUCCUAUAACAGUCAGACCUUUAUCGUUAUGUGAGUUUUCACUUUAAGCCUUAACUAUGAAUCUUACCAACUGUGAAUUAAGAUACUUUUCUGUCUUCUCUCAUGUUCAAAACGUAGGAACAAAGUUCAAGAAUUAAGAUUCUCUUUUACAUGUUUGUAUAUUCCAGAAAUAACUUAAAAGGUUCUGUAUCAUGAUGUUUUCUGUAUAAAAUAUGCAAAGGAGGAUAUGCA